AUGGUCCUUCGAGCCAACACCAGCGGCAAGGAAGAUACAGAAGCUCCAGGGCAACACGACCAGCGGCAGAGAGAACGUAGCAGCAGAAGAAGCAACCCGAAAGCUGGAACGAGGAAAAUGGAGCCAAUGAACACCCUCGCCACCCAACAGCAGGAGCUGGGCCAUCAGAUGGGAAAACUGUUGGCCAACCUGAAAAAAGAUCCAGCGGAUAGAAAGACAGCGAAUUACAUAGCAGACCGGCGCCGUCAGUUACAAGGAUACAUUUCGGCUGUGAAGAUAAACCACCAGAAGAUAGUGGAAUUAAAAGAACCACAGCACGAGUACCACAAGACCAACUUCAUAGGGCAGUUGGAAGACGUUCACCUCAAGGCCAGCGACUACCUGGACAAGAUAGAAAGGUCGAUAAAAACAGGGGGAGAACACGAAAAACGCGACACCGCACAGGAGAUGCGGAUUAGGAAACAGGAGGUUCGUAUCACUCAGAUCGAACAAUUAUUAUUUCAGGUGGAGGACGAACUCAAAAAGCAAUCACGGAAUAGCAGCCGAAUAAAGGUGCUAUGUGAUAGGGCCGAAAAAUGUUGGGACAGAAUAGGCGAGGAUGAAAUAGAAAUAAGGGCCAACGAAAUAGAGUUCGUUCAUGAAUACUUUGCCACCGAGAGAUACGUAGAAGCACAAAGGCGAUACGAUGCUUUCCAGGAGCAAAUCGCCAAUAUGGAAAUGCAGAAUUCGAGCAGUAAGAUAAAACUGCCGAUAAUCAAGAUCCCCAUCUUCAGGACCGGGUAUGAGAAUUGGACAGCAUUUCAUGACCUGUUUCAGAAAUUAAUUCACUCCAACGACGCGUUAUCCAGCACAGAAAAAAUGCACUAUUUAAAAAGUCAUGUGGAUGGAGAAGCUGCCAGGUUGAUUCAACAUCUACACAUCAGCGAGAGGAAUUACGAAACAGCAUGGGACAUAAUAACCAAGCGGUACCACAACACGAGACUAAUUACAUCAAAAUUACUGGACAAAAUACUCGACUUCCCGGUGAGCCAUAAAGAAGAUGCACAUCAAGUGAGGAUGCUUCACGAAGGGAUCAACAACAUCGGACAUGAUACAACCUCAUGGGGUCCAAUAAUAACAAAACUUAUUUCCAGAAAAUGGGACACAGAAACUAACAGGAUAUUCGAGCAGUCUCUCAAAAAUCCAACCGAGAUGCCGGCACUAGAGGAAGUGAUGGAGUUCAUGAAGUCAAGAUUCCAAUCUCUGGAGGCGUUAGCAAUGAAGAGAGGAGAUCAACCACCAUCAUCAUACAAGCCUAACUGGGUCGGAAAUAAGCAACCAAACUGCACAUACUGUAAGGAACAACACCAAAUCGAAAUGUGCCCAAAAUUCGGCAAACUAUCCGUUGCCGAAAGAAUCAAAAUUGUAAAAGAGCAACAGUUAUGCUUCAAGUGCAUACGCCAUAGCUGCAAUACGAAAUGUUACUCGCUUAAAAACUGUUCUACAUGCAGGUACCCUCACCACUCGCUACUACACCAAACCUCAAGGACAGCUCCAGCCACAAGAGGAAGCCAAGCAAUGUCCCACGCAUCUACAGCAGCCAAAGAAAUGGAAAUCAAGAAAGAAGAUCAACAAGUCCUCUUGGCAACAGCAAUAGUACAGGCCCAAGACAUCCUGGGACAACGCCAUCUACUACGAGCACUGGUAGACCCAGGAUCCCAAGCGUCAUUCAUCACCGAGCAAGCAGCUCAGCAACUGAUGGUACCCAGGCAGAAAACAAGGGCAAUGGUAUCUGGAUUGGGAGAAGGAAGUCCGACCAACGCAAGAGCAAAAGUGACGGUACAUCUCCACCCUCGUCAGUCUAGCAAAUACACACUGACAACAGACCUCAUCGUGUUACCGAAAAUAACUGGGAUGUUACCAAUGAAGUCAAUGGAAUUCGAUUUGGAACCAUGGCAGACCAAGAUCCUAGCAGACCCAACCCUCAACAUCACAGGUCCAAUACAUGUGCUACUGGGAGCCCAAGACUACGCCAAAAUCAUACUAAACGGUGUUACAAAAACGGCGUCUGCAUUGCUAGGACAGCAGACCGAAUUGGAAUGGAUAGUGUCCGAUCAAGUCAUGUAUCCAGAGAAAAAAGGCACACCAGUCAUCGGGAUGGUUUCAACAAUGGAAGAAGAAAGAAACCUGUCAAAAUACUGGGAAAUGGAGGAAGUCGAGGUGCCAAACCGCUCCAAAGAAGAAGACGUACAAUGUGAGAAACAUUAUAUGGCCACCACCACAAGAGGGCGAGAUGGAAGGUAUACAGUGAGGAUACCAUUUAAAGAAGCGCCUACCAUGGUUAACAGUUCCCGUUCGCUAGCAGUAGCUCGACUGCACCAAUUGGAAAAGAAGCUAGAAAAGGAGCAUCGAGUACGCGAGCAGUACAAAGCGUUCCUUCAGGAGUACAUAGACCUGGGCCACAUGAAACUAGUACCCCCCAAGGGAGAAGGAAGAUACUACAUUCCACAUCAACCAGUCAUCAAGGAAGCAAGUGCCACAACAAAGUUAAGAGUCGUGUUUGACGCGUCCGCAACCACACGGUCACGAAAGAGCCUCAAUCAAACCAUGCACGUGGGACCAAGACUGCAAGAAGAAUUGGCAGACAUCCUGGUGAGAUGGAGAAAACACCCGGUAGCGUUCACAGCAGACAUACAAAAAAUGUAUCGUCAAAUAAACAUACAUGAGGACGAUCAACCACUGCAGACCAUACUCUGGAGAUUCAAUCAGCAUCAACCCAUACAAGAAUACCAGCUAACCACAGUUACAUAUGGGACAACUGCAGCACCUUAUUUGGCAACACGCACCCUACAACAACUCGCGAAGGACGAAGAAAAAGAAUACCCUAACGCAUCAAGGGUUGCGUUAACCGACUUCUAUGUGGACGAUGAGCUAACAGCCAUGCUAGACAAAGGAGGAUUCAAGCUACACAAAUGGUCAACGAACAAACUACAAAUGCUACAAUCAAUCCCUGACGAAUUAAGAGAUCCAUCCGUAUCACAAUUCAAGGACGAAGAAAUGAAGAAGUCAUUAGGGAUACUGUGGAUACCACAUCAAGACGUGUUCACAUUUAAGAUAGAAGAAGGCAAUCCCGCAACGACCAAGCGUGGUAUAUUAUCAGCAGUAGCAAAAAUAUUCGAUCCAUUAGGAUGGUUGGCACCCGUAACCAUAAUGGCAAAGCUGCUCAUCCAACGAUUAUGGUUAACAAACGCUUCAUGGGACGAAAACAUACCGGAAAGUUUAAGGAUGGAAUGGUUGAAGUUGACCUCCGACAUUGGCUCAGUCGAGGAAAUUCAGAUCCCAAGAUGGAUACAUACCAAGAACGACAACAUAAAAAUCAACGACAUAGUACUCGUCAAAGAUGACAACCUCAGCCCAGGAAAAUGGCCGCUAGCAAAGGUGAUAGCGACACAUCCAGCAGAAGAUAAUAUAGUGCGAGUAGUAACAACCCAAAAGGCAGACGGGAAAACGUCCAAAAAAGCAAUACAUCAACUAGUCCCCCUACACUAA